GAUUUGUGAUUAAAUCACAAACAAAACCUGUAAUUAUGGUUGCCAAAAGAUGAUUUUUAAAUCCUCUGAUUUCAUACUAACUUUCUAAUUUUUCCUUGUUCCAUUUAUAAAGGGGAAAGAAAAGAGAAUGAAAUAUCGGAUUAGCGAUUGCUGUUGCUCUAUAACCUUUAUUAUAACAAUCCUUAUAUACCUUUAUAAUAACCAGCAAAACCCUCUUCUUUAUAUAUAACGUAUAGCGUAUUAAUAAAACCAUUGUAUUUAUUUACAGAUUUAGUAGCAUUCUUAAAAUUGAUAUUUCAUUACUUAGAGGUUUAAUCUGCUACGUGCUACUUCUAAAGGAUGGCAAACAGUUACACUAAUGAAUCCUCCAAUUAAACCAGCAAUAAAAUGAUGCC